AUGACAGAAUCUGGGAAUCUCAUGCUGAAAGCCAGAGAAAUCGUUGCGACUCAAAGCUACGAAGAACUAGCGAGUCUUGUCGAUAAACUCUUCAUCAAUCCAAAAGAAACCGACGAGUAUAAAGCAGCGAGGGCUCUGUACAAUUUCUGCGUCAAUACUUUCCAGAACGCCUUCACGCGGAUGCUUCUCAUGGUGUAUCGAGAUUCUUCCGACGACGUUUUCAGAUUACGAUCGAUCUUUCUCCUCUCCGAAACUCUUUCCGAGUUAAGAGAACAAGGCACCGAGCUCUCUUCCGUCGCUCUCCAAGAAAUCAAGCCCAUUGUGGUUUCUUGCCUUACAAUGCAAAAACACGAAAGAUCUCACGAGGCCCAGAUCGUCGCAAUGAUCGUCUCUUUCGUAGCUUACAACGUCAUGACGUCAAACAAUGGAAGAUGGGACGAGCUCAGCGAGUGUAUCCUCUCGCUCGCGGAUACAGAACCUCUCAAGGCUUUCCGUGUCUUUCUUGGUUUGCCACCGAUCAAGAACCGGGAAUUUCUGGACCGGUUUAACCAGAGGGUUCUAGUGGAAGCAGAGAAGGUGUUGCUGCUUCUUGAUCCUGAGGAAGAAGGUUGGCGUUUAGGUUUAGAGACUAUAGUUAAAAUAGGGAUUCAGGUAUUGAAUUCCGAAAACAUAUACGACUCGAUACAGAGUGUUUUUACAGUUCUUGUGGAUUCAGUGACUGAGUUAGAGAAGAAGGGGAUGAAACAGAUUCUGCAAAAUCGGUUCGAAGGACUGAAGAAGUUCUUGUCACGAGACAACAACCUGUGUAGUUACAAUGAAGAUCAACGCCGUUAUGUGUCAGAGUUAGCUGCAGAGUUGAGAAAACGCAGCUUCAAGUUCUGCGAUUGUUUCGUUCAAACGCAAGAGAUUCCAUCUAAUCGUGUUGUAAGAUUCGGAUGUGAAGGGUACGAAUAUUUGAAGACCUUGUCGUCAGUACAGAUCUUGGAAAUGGUUUUGUCAAGUAGGCUUCAGGUUUUGGAAGAAGACUUGGCGGUCAGACAAGUAAACUUGUUACUCUCUGAUCACACUAAAGAGAAGGCAAAAAUCGACGUUGAAGUGAUCAGAGAACUCCAGCCAUUGCUCAUCUCGUGCCUUGAGAAGCAAGAAAUCCCUGUGAACACGUUCAAGAUCCUCGGCCAAGUUGUGCAGCAUGUUGCAAACGAGAUCUUCAACGUCCAGGAGGACACGUGGGUCGGUCUACGCGACUACAUCACAUCACACUGCCGAGAAACAGAGUUCAUUAGAGGAUGUUACAUCUUCAGGUGCUUAACAAUGCCUCUCGAUGAAGAAGAGUUUGUGAUUCCUGUAAUGGAGAUACUUCUCCCUGAGAUAAGAAGAAUGUUAAACCCGCCAAGAAAGCGGUUGGUGGAUAACUUUUGCUGGGUCUUGGCGUUUACAGGUGCCUUCUGUGCGAUCGUUCACAUGGUGGAGAUUGAAAGCCACGAUGAAUCUGUGCAAGAGAUUGAAGAGAAGAUGGUAGAAUCAGUGAGCCAUCUUGUGGAAAGAAGAAUGGAAAUAGGGCUUGUGAUGAGAGCAUUCAAAGAUGUGGAAAUAGUUAUCAAGGAAGAAUUGAAAUGGUACACUACAAACGAAUUCACUUUCGUUAAGCGUCUGCUUGAGAAGCUCCUCGCGAUCGAAGGAAUGACACUGAGAAGUAGGCAGUUGUUGGAGGGAAUCAACGAGAUGGUAGAGACGAAAAUGGCUAGAGCUCCCUUGUUUGGCUGA